AUGAAAACUAAGUUAGCAAGCAAUGAUUUUUUUUAUUUGCUUUAUAUAGCCGCAAAAGAAAACUAUGUCCACUUGCCAGUUCCUAAAUCUCUUAUUAGAGACUCAAGAUUGAAAACUCCUAUUCUCGUCGAAAAAACAGUCAAAACCUAUAUAUUUAAAAAUAUUCAAUCAGAAGAAAUUGAGACAAUUAUAGUAAAUAAUUUCAAGGAAAAGCAUAAUUUUCCAUGCGCAAUCAUCAAAACAUUAAAAAACAGAAUUCUUUGUUUUUCUGUACAAGAAAUCAUAAAAAUCUGAAACAGUAGCUCAGAAAACUUAAUUAUUCAAGAAUAUUUAGAAUGCAAGGGAGGAAAACCACAUAUUGUCAGAAUAAAAUGGAAGACUCCAGGACAUAUAAGAGCAACAUAUAUAUCAUAUGACGAUGAAGAAGACACCGACAAGUUUAUUCUGUCAGAAGCUGCUUGUGAGUCUGAAGUACUAAUUACAGCGAGCACUAUUGAACUUAAUAAAUAUGCUGAAACAUUGAAAAACAUUUUGGAGUAUUCUCUCUCCCACAUAGAUUUGAUACUUGAGUUUUCAGCUGAUUUUUUGCAAGAUAUUUCUGGCAGAUGAUAUUUUAUUAGUAUUGAUAAUUACAGUCUUUGCAAAAAUAGGCAGCUGCUAUCAUUUCGAUCAGAAAAAACUUUAAGAACUGAAAGCUCAACAGCUACUAACCGCUCACAUAAGCAUUUACUCCCCUCCAAGAAAGAGACAUUUUACAAAAAUGUCUCUAUUGGAAGGUGGGUUUUUGAAAUUUUUUUUUAAAAAAAAUCUAUAUGCAAAUUUUUAUAUAAUUUUUUUUAAAAAUUAUAUAACAUAAAUUUAAAUAAAAUUCAAGAAUAUUGUUUUCAAAUUUUAUAUUUAAUCAAAUGGAAGGUUAAUUAAAAUUCAAUUUUAGCUCUAAAUGUCAUCAACACCUCAUCCUUCUAAUUCUAAUUUUGAUGGAAAAUUUUCUAUUGGAAGAUGGUUUUUUUUACCCAAAAAAUAGAAAUUUUCCCCUAUUUUUCCCAGUAAAAAAUGUCUCUAUCUUGGGGGGGAGUUAGAUAUGCUUUCAUUUAACGGCAAAUCUACCCCUGUAGUUAACAAAUGUAAUACUCCUUUGCCAUUUAAAAAUAUAAUGACUCCGAGAAAUAAUGCAAAAGAAGACUCUAAGGUUCCAGCGAUUCCACAUAUAAAGUCUAAAAGAAUUCAAAAAGAAAAAGAACUGAAUUUUAAUAUUAAAGAGCUUAUGGGGUUUCCAAGAAGUCGAGGAAUUGCAUAUAUAACAUAUGAUCAAUGAAAUAAGAGGGUUUGAAACGGUAAUAGAAUGUCUCCAAAUGAUUGAUUAUACGCGAAUAAAAUUGCUAACUUCGCAUACAGAGGGGGCUAAUUUUUUUUUCGAAUUUUUAACAAAAAUCCCAAUUCACAAAAUUUUGGUUUUAAAAUGAAACUGUUUUAAAUUCAAAAAAUGGUUCGAAAUUUUAUUAUGCGAAUUAUCGCUUAUAUAUCAAACACAAUUAAAAAUGUCAGUUAUGGUAAGACUCAGGUCUACAUCUGAGCUCAGUCAGAGCAGUUAGCAGCUUCUUGAGAGUCUCGGCUCAAGAGAAUGGGCCUAAACUGAGUCUGGUGAAGAAAAGAGAGGUCCUAAGGGUCUUUGAGACAAAAACAUUACAUUGCAUUAUUAUCUAUAUCGUUUAAGGCCCACUAUGGGGUCACCUUUGUCCAGGGCUACCACCAUAUUUAUGCACGUGAUGGGCCCAUGGACCUCUGGAACGAUCCAAUUUGUUUCACCAGGGCACGGGCAAAUACAGAGUUCCGGCUUCGACGGGUUGCGUUCGCCUCGCGCUUCCUUUAUUCAGUUCUUGCGCGUGUUCCGCCUAAGGGUCACCUUCCUCGGGUGUGCUGAGAGAUAAAACUUCGAGCUCUUGAUGCACUUGGAGCAGUGCCUCGGCUUAUCUGCCAGAGUUAGAUUGCUAUUGCUGUACAGAAGUUCUCAGAAAAAACCUAACCCCAUAAAUAAAAUUGCUUGAGGGAGAGAAAAUUAGCGGAGCUAAUUUCUCUCGAACCGAAUGCCAUUUUAUUUAUGCCUUUGAGACAGAAACAGAUCGACAGUUAGUCGGCCUGCUGACCGUUAUUCAGAACUUUGAUCCAAGCUCAGGCCAAGAAGUACUAGAUGAAGAGUUAUCUUAAUAUAUCAAAAUAUAUUUUCAUAAAAAAAUUUUUGUUGCUCACAGAGGAGGAGUAAGCAAAAAAAUUUCAUGAAGCAUAAGGUUGACAAAGCAAAACAUAAGAUGAGAAAGCUAAUAGAAACCAUGACGACACUGACCAAUGGAGUACCUCCUGAAAGUGAUGAGGAUAAAAAUCUCACAGUAAAACUUCCUGUUGAACUUUUAAACCUUAGCUCAGUCCCAAAAGAAGACCUUUUUGAAAUUAAAGCCAAGCGCCAAUCAUUUAUAGAGGCCCAUGAAAAAUUUGAAUUUGGAGUUAAAAGGAUUGAUGAAAUGCUUAAACGGAUUGCCAAGACUCAUGAAAAUUAG